AAAUGAAGUCUGCCAUGUCUCGGUGCUGCCUUCUGCUCAGUCUACUGCUCUUCUCUGCAACAGGUCUGUUGGCGGAUCCCUCUGUCCCUGACGAUGAACCUCUAGUACCACUGCAGCUCCAACAGCCUGACGGCACUGACAUUUUCCCCUGUGAAUGCGACGCAUCAGACGACCACACAACCCAGAGUUCAUCCAAUGACACACCAGCCCCAGACAGACCACUGUGUCCCCCCUGCAACCCACCAAUCCCCUCUGACACUGAGCAAGGUACGGAUGAAGAAACACAGCAAAAUGGAGAUCAGUCUAGUCAGGAUGAAGUGAGCAAAGAGGAGACAGUGCCCAGUGAUGAACAGGCAGAAAAACUGAUUCUGGAGGAGGAAGUCUCAGAUGAAGACAUGGAAGAUGCAGCAUUAUUUAAUGGUGCAGAAGAAGAACACGAAGAGGUUACUGCUGAAGAGGAAACUGAACAACUACAAGAAACAGAAGAAGAGGUAGAAGAAGAGAUUGAUGAAAAGGUGGAGGAGAUUACAAAUGAAGUAGAAGAAGACAUUCUAAUAGCUUUCACUGAAGAUGAAACCAGUGAAGAAGAGGCUGAAGAAGAAAAUCAGGAAGAAGAAAUAGAAAAUACCACUGAGGCACAGACUGAAGAAGAUGAGGAAAUACCUGAUGAGGAAGUGGAUACAGCCGAGGUAAAUGGCAAGGAUGGAGAUGCUCUAGCACAAGAAGAAGUAAUAGAUAUAGCAGAAGAAAAUAAUGAUGAAGAAUUCGUAGAUUCCAUUGAGGAGGGGGCUGCAGAGAAAGAACAAGAAGAAUCAAACACAGCAGAGGAAAACAGUGAAGAAGAGUCUAGUGAAGAAGAAGAAGAAGAAGAAGAAGAAGAAGAAGAAGAAGUAGAAGAAGAAGAAGAAGAAGAAACAGUUAGUGAAGAGGUUAUCGCCACAGAUGAAGAGGAGGAUGCUGUCAUUGAAGGAGAGGAUGAAAUAGAUCAAGGCGAAGUAGAUUCUAUUGCUGGGGAGGUACCAAGUGAGGAUGAAGAAACACAAGAGGAAACAGAGGGAACAGACAUGGGGGAGGUUGCUGUUGAGAAGGAUGUAGAGGCUGCGGAAGAAAAACACCAGGAGGAAGUAACAGAGGAGGACCAGGAAGAGCCAACAGAAAUAACAGAAGAUGAAGCAGUUGCCACUACAGCAUCAGAAGUUGAUGAGGAACAGGUUGAAAUUGAAACUGCAGAGGACAAAGAAGCUGAAGAAGCCAUGAUUGAGUCUGUAAUUGCCCCAGAAAUUGAGGACGCAGUCCAGGAUAGAGCUAACACAGAAGAAGACACACCCCAGGAUCUAAAUGAGGAGGACACAACUGAAGAAGGAGCUACAGAGGAGGAGGUCAUAUUGGAAUCCGAGCAAACUGCUGAUUCUCCCGGAUUGGAGGAAGAGGAGAUCCAUUCUGAGUUAGACCCAGUCAAUCCAGAAACAGAACCAGAGCCUGCAAUUGAGGUCACCACAGACUUCCCAGUGCAACAUGAGGAAACUAUUGCAGAUGCUAUUGUUGAGGAAGUGAGAGAAGAGAAGCCAACACUGCCUAAAGCAAAAGCAGGUCCAACAAUGAGGGACCGGACCCACAUCGAGGAGACACUACGUCUGAAUACAGCUGAGCUAUCAGCUGAGUUCACAGCUGCGCAGAAGAAGUUGUUGGACAUCUACCACACAGCCAUCAAACCCAUGGAAGAUGCUUACAAAUACAAUGAGUUGAGGCAAUAUGAAGUUACAGAUGGUGAAAUUACCUCAAAGCCCAUGAUUCUCUUCCUGGGACCGUGGAGCGUUGGAAAGUCGUCAAUGAUCAAUUAUCUGCUUGGUCUUCAUGGCACCUCACAGGAGCUCUACACAGGAGCUGAGCCUACCACAUCAGAGUACACAGUCAUCAUGCAUGGUGAAAAGUUCCGCACUGUUGAGGGUAUCGUCAUGGCAGCAGAUAGCUCCCGGUCGUUCUCACCCCUGGAAAAGUUUGGACAGGGAUUUUUGGAACGGUUAGUGGGAAUCGAGAUGCCCCACAAACUUCUGGAAAGAGUCACCCUGGUAGACACGCCUGGGAUCAUUGAAAACCGGAAACAGCAAGAGAGAGGUUACCCCUACAAUGAAGUAUGCCAGUGGUUCAUAGAUCGUGCCGAUUUGAUCUUCCUGGUGUUUGACCCCACAAAACUGGAUGUGGGUGGAGAGCUGGAGAUGCUCUUCAGGCAGAUGAAGGGCAGAGAGUCCCAGCUGCGUCUGAUUCUAAACAAGGCUGACACAGUGUCCACCCAGGACCUAAUGAGGGUGUAUGGGGCUCUAUUUUGGAGUAUGGCUCCUCUGGUCAAUGUGACUGAACCUCCCCGGGUCUAUGUCAGCUCCUUCUGGCCCCUGGACUACACUGGGGACACCAGCCGAGACCUGUUCAUGAAGGAGGAGAUCUCUCUACUUGAUGACCUCAAUCAGGUCAUUGAAAACCAACUGGAGAACAAAAUAGCCUUCAUCCGUCAGCAUGGUAUCAGAGUUCGCAUUCACGCUCUGCUGGUGGACCGCUACCUUCAGACCUACUAUGACAAACUGGGCUGGUUCAGUGACCCUUAUGAGGUUUUACAUGACAUUGUGAGCGAUCCAGAUAAGUAUUACAUCUUCAAGUCUAUUCUGGCCAAGACCAACAUCAGUAAAUUUGACUUACCUGACAAGGAGGCUUAUGAGGACUUCUUCGGUGUGAAUCCAAUGGCCAACUUUAAGCAGCUGUCAUACCACUGCAGCUGGAGCGGUGGGUGUUUGCUGGACAAACUGGAGAAGGCCAUCUCACAUGAUCUCCCAGCUCUCCUCAGCAGCAUCAAUACCACCCCUGAUACGCCACCCCCUCCAAAAAAUGCUCCAGCUCCGCCCCCACCUUUUCCUGGGACAUGCAAGGGUCCCAGCUGCGAGGAGAAACCUAAAAACCGGUGGAGAAAACAGUGAGAGGAACUAUGCUCUGUGAUCAGCAUGUCACAGAAGAAGAAUAUUGGACAAUCUUGACAUAAAAAUUUAGCUGCACUCCUUUUCAGUCAGUGGCACAUUUUACACAUAACUAAAAGUUGACAAAGCAUAUUAAAUAUUUUAGAUAUAGACAAACUUUAUUCAUCCACACUUUACUUUAUAGUAAAAUUUUACUCUUAAACUUAAACACAGCUAGACUUCAUAAAAAUAUAAAAUGUGAAUGAAAUAGAAACUGUCUCUUGGUUAUGAAACUGUAAUUGUUCAGUCUGUUUGUACAAUUUCUGUCACUCCUGUUGAGUGAAAAUGGCACCACUUUGGAGUUUUAUGUUCUGUACAUUUGUUUGAGUAUGAGGGUGUUAAUAUUUCCAUUAAGCAAAUCUGCUUAAUAUUGUAGUGGACAUUGUAUUUGUGCUUGGUCAUAUGGAAGGUUUUCAUGUGUUAUUUGUGGUUGAAUCAUUAUGCAUUGUGAUUUUUGUUAUAUCAACAUUUUAGACAAAUUAUUUUGUCACAAAAUCACUGUAAAAGCGAGCAGCAGAUCCGUACAAAAUUUCCAAUGCAAAUAAUAACACUUAAGUGUUAUUUAAUUAUUUUGUUAUUUUAAACUUUUCUUUUGAGUAAACAGGAACCAGAUCUAGUGAGUUUGUGAUUAUUAUUUUAAUAUAAUUUCAUUUUUAAAAUUAUACUAGAAUUAUUUAAUAUCCUGCCAAUAUAUCAGUUUUAUAACUAAGUAAUUACUCAUUUAACUGAUGAUACAGAUGGGACCCUUUCUUGGUUUCACUUAGGUGGACCGCUUUGCAUGCACAAAGUAGCCACCAGGUGGCGCCUUGGAUCAUUUUAUUAACAGGAUUUUCGAGGGUCAUAACGAUGUCAUUAACGUGUCAUUAAUGUAAUCCCAAGUCUAAACUAAUAACAAUUUCAAUAUUUUUAAUAUUUGUUGUUGAGGCAUGUUGUCAAUGUUUUAUCUAUUUUUCAAUAUUAUUAGGGCUAUACUCAUAGGAAAGCAACAAAUUACAAAGUAGAUCUAUUUAUUGUCUGAAUUAUGAGUUAAUUAAAAAGAACAGACCUCAUCAGUUGAUUAAAGAUACAACUAUCAUUAA